AUGGGCUCUAAUCUCGGUACUUUCGAGGAUGCGGAUGUGUAUCCUUUUAGGGAGUUACCAGCAUAUCGUCGUAGAAGGGCUGGUGGGAAGAACGUCUAUUUAUACCCCCAACCAGAGGCGUAUGGUCGUGUUGCUGCAGUAUGCAUUGGGGAAUCUAUUGAUCUAGAUGAGAUCAAAAUGGGAUGGACUCAGAUUCAAGCUGGAUCCAGAGACAGCUAUAUAGGUCCUGCUGCCGGCCUCGUUGGUGGUGAUCUUGUAACUGAUGCCGUAUCAAUAGAGAAACGAGUAUUGUAUUUAACCGUUUGUGCCAACAGUUUAGACUGUUUUCUCUUCUCCUUCGGAUGUGUUGUAGUCUGGGGAGCGUCUGAUAAUCAGUUGGGUACUAUAGUCGAUUUGGUUAAACCACUAGUGAAGAAGCCUCUAUCUCAGCCUGAACACGACUACAUGCGUUACACUACAGAGCCCUUUAUAGAAGCCACCACGAGUGCUGCUGCUACUGCUGAGGAUAGUGGCGAACCCGAGGCAGCCCAUCAUCGUGAUCAUCCUUCGAGGAGGCCCAUAGCUCAUGAUAACAUAAGACUAUCAGCUUCGGGUGGAUGGAGUUCUUUAAUGGAACGAUUGGCUCACAGCUACUCCCUCGCUCAAAGUGUUAGAGUUGAUGCUUUUGAAACGAUGCUGGAUGGGGCUAUCGAAAGAACUACUGAUGUACCCGAGACGAUGACCAGGACGGGGACUGUGGGAAUAGGGAAGAAGGAAGUUGCUCAGCGGAUGGGCAAUCUAUUCGUACAACGCUGUGAUCUAAAUGUAUACAGUGAUAUGUUGGGUACUCCAGAUGUGUUCUGGGACUUCAACGAAUACGAAGCAGUUUAUGAUAAAUCCAGACGAUAUAUGGAUAUUAAUAGACGAGUUGAAAUACUAAAUCAGCGUAUGGAGGUAUUGAAUGAUAUGUAUACUAUGAUACAGGAGGAACUACAUGUAGCCCAUGGUAACAAUCUUGAAAUAUGGGUCAUCUGGUUGGUAGCUGUAGAUGCUGUUAUCAUUGGUCUUGAAUUGUUUCUAACUUACUGGCGUGAACUUAAAUGA